AUGUUCGAUCAUUUUGUACAAAACCCAGGAACUGCCCCACCUCCAUCACCACCCAAAAAGGAACUUAAAUUUGAUAAAAAUUACUUAAAAACUACUCCAGGAAUCCUUCAGCUAGUAGAAGUGGUGUGUAAUUUCAUUGGAUUUAUUUGUAUCAAAGUUUCCUGGUCUUGGAUAUCUGCCAUCUUCUAUAACAUUUUGUAUUGGAUUGGAAACAUUUUAACAGUAUUCUUGUUUUUAAUGUACCUCUUUCAUUUUGUUGAAAAGUAUGAUAAUAUACCAUGGCAAAAAAUUCAAUUUUUCUACUGCGUUGCAAUGAGUUUGGCUUAUAUUGGGACUUCUAUAUUUGCUACUACUAUUGGAGAAAGUGUUGGGUAUGCUGUUGGGAUUUUUGGAUUUUGUGCUAUUGUGGCAUAUGGUAUUGAUGCAUACUUAAACUACAAAGGUUGGAAGAGAGGGUUACCAGCACAAUAA